GUGAAGUCUGGACCUGAUAUGAACAAAUGAGGAGACGGAACCAGUUAUAAAACGGGACUAAUUAAGAAGGAAUUGAAAUGGGUUGGAGAAAUCCACUGGAUUUGUGCUGGAAUCUACAGAUAGUUGAUCAUCAGCUGGAGGUUCAAAUUCAAACUGUCGGAACUAUUAGAGUCCAAAUACGCAAAGAAACUAGAAGCACUCAGAGAGCGCAGACCUCCGCCAAGGCUGAUCAGUGCCUAACCCUAACCCUAACCCCCGCUGAACCAGACACCACACGGAUUAUGGUCCAACACGCCAAUGACUCAUUCCUGACUCUGACCAGUGAUGGGAUCAACUUCCUGUUGAGUGACCAGGAGAUCUGUGAUGUCAUCAACCAGUGUCCAGAUCCAACAGAAGCAGCACAAGUCAUCGCAGAACAGGCGCUGCAGUACGGCUCUGAUGACAAUGCUUCCAUCCUCAUCGUCCCGUUCGGAGCCUGGGGGAAACAUCAGAGCUCUGCCAGCACCUACAGUAUGAGCAGAAACUUCAGUUCAAGUGGACGAUGGGCAUAAGAACUCACACACAACAGAGAGAGCUGAUCCAUCCAGAUGGACUCCAAGGACACCAACAGUUUUAAAAAGCUAGAGUUCAAAAUAAUAAUAAUCAUAUUAAUAAUGGAUGACAUUUCUACAGCGCUUUUUUGGCCACUCAAAGUGCUUUACAUUACUGACCCAUUAUUCAUUCACUCUCACACUCCCCCUCUGGUGGAGGUAAACUACACCUGUAUCCACAGCUGCCCUGGGGGGGGGGGGGGGCAGACAGAAGCCUACAGCCCCUCCCACCACCACCCAACAUUCAUACCCAUUCAUCCACCAGUGUGAGUGACACCGGAGGCAGGAGAGGGAAGUGUUGAACAGUUCAGCCUCUGAUCCACCUUAAACAUAUUGUGUAUAUAUGUAUAGUUGAAAUCAAUAAUUUAGUUGUUGUUUUCUUUUCAUUUUAUACCACUGUUACAUAAGCCAAAGAGUAUUUUAAUACACAUAAACCACAGAGGAGCCAUGUUUUAAUACUGAUGAUUAUAUAAGUAAAAGGUGAAUUUGUUUGCCUUUUACCUCAAACAGGAAAUGUUGAUGGAAAUAUGUUUUAGUGAAGGUGAAUAGAAAGAGCUUUAACUUAUAGGAGGGACAUUCUGCUUUUUUAAAUGCAAUUCUUUAUUUUCCCACAUUUCCCUGAGGUCUUCAUAAACUGUAAAUGCUC